UCGGUUUCAGCCCUCGACAAAUACAAACUGGUAUUCCUAGGCGAUCAAUCCAUCGGAAAAACGAGUAUCAUCACUAGGUUUGUACACGACAUAUUCGAUGAUACUUAUCAGGCAACGAUUGGUGUUGAUUUUCUUUCAAAGAUAAUUAAUAUUGAAGACCAGACUACUGUACGUUUGCAGCUAUGGGAUACUGCUGGAAAUGAAAUAUUCAGAAUAUCUUUACCAGGCUAUAUAAGGGACUCCUCUGUUGCAGUCAUAGUAUAUGAUAUUACAACCACAAGUGAUCCUACAUUUAAUAACUAUAACAGGCUAAUUUCAAUCGCGGAAGGAGAAGCGAAAGCUCGUGAUUUUGGUGUCAUGUUUAUUGAAACAAGUGCAAAGACUGACUUCAAUAUAAAGGAACUAUUCGAGAAGAUCGUUGAAGCCCUCCUAGGGAUAGAAACUGUGUCAUCAACGGAGCAAGACGAGAUAGUCGAUGUCGACCUCAAGUCUCAGUCACAGCAGUGGUCGGGAGAUUCCGCUUGCUAA